AUGCCGCCUUCAAAGUGGGACGAGGAAGAGAGUUCCUCCUCCGAGAGCGAUAGCUCCCCUGUCCCCGUCGCAGCGCGCCGCAGAUUCGACGAUGAAGAGGAUGACGAUGUCCUCGAUUCCUGGGACGCAGCUGAAGACUCGGAAGUCGAGCGCGAGAAAGCCAAGAAGGCUGCCGAGGCCGAAGCCGCCGCGAAAGCCAAGGCCGCAGCCAACAAGAAGACUAAGGCGCAGCGGAUAGAAGAGCACCGGGAGGAGCGGCGAAAACAGGCCGACGAAGACGACCUGGAUAUCAGCGAAGACGAGGCCGAGCGGCGCCUGCGCCUGCGCCGAACAGAGCAGGACGCGGAUCUCAAGCACGCGCAGGAUCUGAUCGGUGACAUCGAUCUGAACCGCAAACGCGGCGGGCCCAAGGCCGUGGUCGUGACGGACUCGGCGGAUCCGACCAACUCGAUUGACCUGAGUGCCAUGCCGCUGUUCAAGCCGACCACCAAGGACCAGUUUGCGAGGGUGAGCGAGACGCUUAUCCCGCUGCUGACGCCGCACUCCAAGAAGCCGCACUACAGUCUGUGGGCGCAGGACUUUGUCCGGCAGCUGGUGAAGGAGAUGCCGUCGGGUGAUAUCAAGAAGAUUGCUAGUGCGCUCACCACGGCAAGCAAUGAGAAGAUGCGCGAGGAGCGUGCGGCCGAUAAGGGGAACAAGAAGAGCAAGGCGGCCAAGACGAAGGUUUCUGUCGUCACGACCAGGGAGAACCACAUCGACAGCAACGCCUACGAUGGCGAUGACGGCCUGGGCGAUGAUGACUUUAUGUGA